AUGUCUCCCGUGAACCUCACCGGCACCUCCACCCGUGGCUUUGCUGCCGCACUCCAUCUCCCCGUCUCCCACGUCCCUGACUCCUCUCCUGCCGGAUGGCCGUACUCCCUGCCCCUUGCUCCUGAUCGCCUGCUCUUUGUGCUCCCUCCGUACAACGCACGCUCUAUGCCUUCCCUCGCAGCUCUUGCUCCCCUCGAGCCUUCCCUCACACGCUCAGACCUUCCCUGCCAUCUCGGGCUCGGGCUACGCCUCUCGCUGGCCUUCGCGCCGCUCUCUUCUCGCCUUUCCCUGCGUGUCUUUUCCGCCUCUGACUUUCCUCGCGAUAAUCCGCUCCUUUCCUCACGAUGCUCAUUUCCUCUCUGCUCUCGAUCAUCCGCGUCCGCGCGCGACCUUCCUCCCUCUUCUCGUUCGCUUCGCACAUCUCUCUCAUGGCGAUCCCCUCCCUCAUACGGCUCUGGCGACCUUCGCAUGCCCAUCGCCCUUCGUCCCCUCCUCCCGUACCUUUCACGCGGCUCAGGCGAACAGAUCCGUCGCGUCGCGCUCCGUCCCUUCUCCCUUCUGGGCCAUUUCUCCGUCCUCGUGCUCCUCCGCAUCCGCAGCCUCUCCCUCUUCAGGUUCCUUCACGCCGUCCCGCGCAAUUGGGACAUCGUCAUCGUCGACCCCGUCGUCCUCGCUUGA